AUGGCCCGUCCGUUACCUUCUCCCAUCAUGCUACUCUCCAUCUCUCUUCUUGUGAUCACGAGCGUGGCCGCUGCUUCCAGCAACGACGACUCCGACCUCUCAGCUCUUGUGGCCUUCAAGGCCGGGCUCUCCGACCCGCUUGGCCUCCUGUCUAGGAACUGGACAACCGGCACAUCCUUCUGCUCUUGGGUCGGCGUCUCCUGCAGCCGCCGCCAUCGGGAGCGCGUCACCGCUCUUGUGCUGGCAGACGUUCCGCUCCAAGGAGAGAUCGCUCCUCAUCUCGGUAACCUCUCUUUCCUCGCCGUCCUCACUCUUUCAAACACAGAGAUCACGGGCACCAUCCCAUCCGACAUAGGACGGCUACGCCGCCUCACCGAUCUUGAUCUUAGCUCUAACCGCCUCUCGGGCGCCAUCCCCAGUACCCUAGGAAACCUCACAAAGCUUCAACGCCUUUCCCUACGCCGAAAUGGUCUCUCCGGACAUAUCCCGGACCAACUCCUCCAGAACAUGAACAGCCUGAGGAGGAUACAUCUCGGGGUGAACCGGUUAAGUGGCCUCAUACCAGACCAACUCUUCAACAACACGCCUUUACUAACUCAUCUUGACUUCCAAAACAACAGUCUAUCUGGGUCAAUACCACAUGGUAUUGCCACAUGUGCCAUGCUUGAAUGGGUCAACUUUGAAUAUAACCAGCUGUCCGGACUAGUACCUCUAACCAUAUUCAACAAGUCUAGGCUUGACACUCUUGUCCUCUCAUCUAACCACUUCACAGGAACAAUCCCUACCAAUGAAAGCUUUAACUUGCCCAUGUUAACCGUCUUCUUCAUUGGUCUCAACAGUUUCACAGGUCAAUUUCCCUCAAGCCUUGUAUCCUGCAAGCUACUAGUGCAACUUUCUCUAGCAGGAAACUCCUUUGUGGGCAAUCUCCCAGAAUGGCUCGCUCAACUAUCACGACUCACUUUUCUUACUAUAGGUGGCAACGACGAUGUUAGCGGGUCAAUUCCAGGUGUGCUCAGAAAUCUUACUCUUCUCCGUGUUCUUGACAUCUCAUUCUGCGACCUAAGCGGAAAUAUUCCAGCCGAGCUAGGGGAAAUGAGUCAGCUCACACAUUUAAGUCUUACAUCAAACAAACUAACAGGUCCAUUUCCAGCCAAUUUUGGCAACCUAUCCCAACUAUCUAGUCUGCUAGUUGAUUCGAACCAAUUAACUGGAUCUUUGCCCGAAACUAUUGGGAACCUCAGGUACCUUAACCGUCUCCAUAUUGGAAUGAAUCAGCUCAAUGGGACCCUUGAGUUCUUGGCCACUAUGUCAAACUGUAGACAACUCCAAUUGCUUGCCAUGUUUUAUUGCUCCUUCACUGGAAACAUUCCUGCAUAUAUUGGUAACCUCUCCAGACAAUUGACAUACCUCAGUGCAGCCGGGAAUCGUUUAACCGGGGGUGUUCCAGCGACAGUAUCAAAUCUAAGUGGUCUUAGUGUAAUGUCCUUUGCAGACAACCAAUUAAGCGGCAUAAUCCCAGCACACAUUGCAUCAUUGGAGAAUCUUGAGCAGCUAAACCUUUCUAGUAACAAGCUGUUUGGCCCAAUCCCGUUAAAGAUUGGUGCCUUGACAAGAUUGCACAGGCUAUCCCUCCAGGGCAAUAAAUUAUCUGGCACCAUUCCGGAUGGCAUCGGUAACCUAAGUAACCUAGAAUAUAUGUCGCUUGCAGAUAAUCAUCUCUCGUCAGCAAUACCUGAAAGAUUGUUUCAUCUUAGUAACCUUCGUGUGUUAGAUCUAUCUCACAACUCCUUUACAAGUGCACUGCCCUCUAAUCUUGAUUCCAUGAAGAAAAUAUACAUGCUAGAUAUAUCAGCCAACAGCUUGGUUGGUAGUAUUCCAACUUCAUACGGGAAUCUUGGACUAUUAAGCUUCCUGAACCUAUCACACAACACACUCACAGGUUCCAUCGAUGGCUCGUUCAAGGAGUUAAUCGUCCUAACGCAGUUGGACCUAUCUUGUAACAACCUUUCUGGUACCAUUCCAAAGUAUUUAGCCAACUUUACUUUACUGACUAGCUUGAACCUUUCUUUCAAUGAGUUCCGAGGUGAGAUACCAAGUGGUGGUAUUUUCUUUAACACCAGUGCACAAUUAUCGUUGAUGGGAAAUGCUGGGCUGUGUGGUGCCUCACGUCUAGGAUUUUUUCCUUGCCUAGACACUUCCUACAAAACCAAGAGACACUUGCUAAGGAUUGUUCUACCAGUUAUCUUGGUAACUGUAGGAGCUAUAGCAAUUCUCAUUUACCUAAUGGUCACAAAGAAAAAUAAAAAGCAGCUACAAGUUACGACUUCCAUUGGCAUGGAUAAUAUUAUCAGUCAUAGACAAGUUUCCUAUCUCGAGAUUGCUCGUGCCACUGAAAAUUUCAGCGAGGACAACCUACUUGGAGUUGGAAGCUUUGGAAAAGUUUUCAGGGGCAAAUUACAAGAUGGUUUGGAGGUUGCGAUAAAAGUGCUCAACAUGCAUGUCGAGCAGGCUGUGAGGAGCUUUGAUGCAGAAUGUCAAGUGCUAAGGAUGGCUAGGCACCGCAACUUGAUACAGAUAUUAAGUACUUGCUCCAACUUUGAAUUCAGAGCAGUGCUACUUCAGUACAUGCCCAAAGGUAACUUGGAUGUACAUUUGCACUCUGAAAAUGGAGAAUCGAUAGGGUUUAUCAGGAGAUUGGAUAUUAUGCUUGGUGUAUCGAAAGCAAUGGAGUAUCUGCACCACCAUCACCAUCAAGUUGUGUUGCACUGCGACCUCAAACCUAAAAAUGUGCUAUUCGAUGAUGAGAUGGUGGCGCAUGUCGCGGACUUCGGCAUUGCAAGAUUACUUGUUGGAGACGACAACUCCUUGAUUUCAGCGAGUAUGCCGGGGACUAUUGGAUACAUGGCACCAGAAUACGCAUUCAUGGGGAAAGCAUCACGAAAGAGCGAUGUGUUUAGCUUUGGAAUAAUGCUGCUCGAAGUCUUCACAGGGAAAAGACCCACAGAUGCCAUGUUUGGGGGAGAAUUGAGCAUCAGGCAAUGGGUUUCGCAAGCGUUUUCAGCAAACCUUACUGGCGUUUUGGACGUUAAGAUAGCUCAAGCUGAGGAAAGAAUUUUUUUCUUAAAUCACCAGAGCAGCACUUCAUUGGCGUGCAGGAGCAGCGACUUGCUUGUGCCAAUAUUCGACCUGGGUCUGAUGUGUUCGAGCGAAUCACCUGACCAGAGGCCAAGCAUGACAGACGUGGUUGUAAGGCUCGAGAACAUCAUGAAGAGUUACUCUGCUACCAUGCCGUCACUGGAACUGGCUCAAUGUUAG